AUGCCGACGACGAAGCGUGCGGGAUCGGCGUCGUUGAAACGACCGGCUGCUGCGAAGGCUAAGGUCAAGCCUGAGCGUCAGACACCUCGCCAAGAGAUAGAGGAGGAGACUCUGACGGGAGAGGCCUGGCAGUUCGACUAUUUUCUUGAACACUUGAUGGAGAAGUCAGGCCUUAAUUUCCCGUCAGACAAGCCACCCAAGCUGAUGGUGGCAAGUGGUUGCGACGGCACCGGCUUGCCACACUACGUCUUGAACAACCUCACACAAUGUCAGACACGAUGCAUUACUGGGUCAGAGAUAAAGACUCCGGCGGCGCUGUUCCUGCUGAAACAGCGUGGUCAGACAAUGCACUUCGACCACCUCUUGACCGACAUCGCGCACACCGUCAGAGGGAAGGGCCCAUGCUGGGUUCACAAUCGUUGCUGCACUUUGUCAGACGAGCAUCUCAAGAAUCUCGACCUCUUCGUGUCGGGUUUCAGCUGCAAGCUGAACAGUGCAGCGAACAGCAGGCGCUGGGAGUCAGACCCGAUCGACCUGGAGAAGCCCGAGUGUCAGACGUUCGUGCAGAGUGUUGAGUUUGUCAAGAAGUACUCGCCCAAGUUCUAUCUCUUCGAGAAUGUGUUGGGGGCCUGUAAGACUCGCGGAUCUGGUCAGACAGAGUCGCCCAAGGCUUGGUAUGAGCGUUACUUGUCAGACAACCUCCCUGAGUUUACGCACCAGAGCGUGAUUGUGGAUGCCUUGCCAAUGUCAGAGGCUCGCUCACGUUUGCUGCUGCUGGGUUCGUCAGUCCCCACUUUUUCUGCUUUGGGCUGGGCUAGUCAGACCACCGAGCUCAACGACAUCUGCAGCAAGUUCUUCCGCCAUGAUGCUGCUACAAACUUCUCUUGGUCAGAGAAGGGGCCGUCGACGUACUUGGUGAAUCUCAAGAACGAUGUCGACUACCAUCGCUGCUUCGCAGAAGCAUGUCAGAGUCUUGGUGUGGAGGAGAAAGCAGUCGCGGCAAAAAGAUUGCUGGAGUCAGACAAGCCAAAGCCGGUGGAACAGCGAGCCAGUCAGACUCUCAAGCACAUGGCGCCCUGGUACAGGGCACAAGCAGACGUGUAUGAGAUGAUGCUGGAAGGGGCAGGCAUCGGAAAGUCAGACCCCCUGGCAGACUUGAGUCAGACCGUGGACAGGGGACACUACAGGUCAGACGGUUGCUUGAACGUUUUGACGACGGGUGCAAUGUGGUACAACUUUGCCAAGAAGGGUUUCAUGACGAAGUCAGACUACAUGGUGGCACUGGGCUUUGGUAAGUCAGACAUGAAUGCCGACUGCUUGACCUUGUCAGAGCUUCGCGACUUGUGCGGCAAUGGCAUGAGGGCUCCAAUGCUGAUCAAGGCCUUUUUGCCGAUUUUGACCCAUUUGAAAUUCUUCCAGAAGGGUACGGCUGAGUAA